GGGGAGUCGACUCAUAUCCGAAGAAGUUAGGUACCUAGAUUCGACGAUAAAAUCCUCCAAACAUCAUCGUACCCGCCCCGGUGGUCAAAAUACGAUAGGACCCAAAAAAACAUGGCAACCAAAACUCUUACCCUAAAGUUCCCCUACCCAGACUCCAAGCCGCCCGUCUACAAGUCCAAGGCGAUCAAGAUUGACGGCGGUCUCCACACGGAGCAACUCAGCAAUGCCUACAAGACGACGCGGGAUGUCGCCGUGGAGCUCCGCAGCGAGCUAGAGCCGUUUCUGAAGAAGGCGAGAGAGAGGGUCUGCGAGCUGAUCCGCGAGGCCAACGGGCUCAAGAAGAGUCUCAGGGAGGUCAAGGAGGAGCUCAGGAUCGCCAGAGAGGAGCUCAGGCUGACUAAGGACGCCCUCAUCGUUGCCAACACCAAAAACCUGCACCCGGCCCUGCUGCUGCUCGAGGAGGAUCCCAACGAAUGGUGCAAGGCGGAGGUGGACACUGAACCUUAUUGAUGUGUUUGUUGCCCAGACAACAGAAAUCAUGCCCGCAUCACACAAGGUGCCAUGCCAUACCUAGAUAGUUGUGUUUUUUAAAUGUAUAAAACAGACAGAGAAAUCCAAUCAAGCCUUUUUUUUUUCACUCCAUGGCUGUUGAGCAGUGACCCAAUGUAUAACUCUUUAAACAUGAUUGCUGAAAAUCCAUCGUGAAUUUACCCCAACCCCCUUUACUACCUAGGUAGUGCUCCCUUCCACAGCCACAUCUGCCUCAAUCACUCAUCUUUGAG